AUGUAUAUGGUGGAGAGCAAGGGUGGUGCCAUAGCUUGCAUGCUGGUGUCCCUGUUGUUCUUGGGGACAUGGCCUGCUGUGAUGACUCUGCUGGAGAGAAGAGGUCGUCUUCCUCAGCACACAUACCUUGAUUACACCCUCACCAAUCUCUUGGCUGCUGUUAUCAUUGCUUUCACCUUUGGAGAGAUUGGCAACAAUGCCCCCAACUUCUUGUCUCAGCUUUCUCAGGAUAACUGGCCUUCAGUUCUGUUUGCCAUGGGGGGUGGAGUUUUCCUCAGUGUUGGAAAUCUGUCAACGCAAUAUGCUUGGGCUUUUGUUGGCUUAUCAGUUGUUGAAGUGAUCACAUCAAGCAUAACUGUUGUUAUAGGAACAACCUUUAAUUACUUUUUGGAUGACAAGAUCAACAAAGCUGAGAUUCUUUUCCCAGGAGUUGGUUGCUUUUUGAUUGCUGUAUGUCUAGGUUCUGCUGUUCAUUCAUCUAACACUGCUGAUAACAAGGCUAAGCUCAAAGAUUUUUCAACUGGUUACAAAGAUGCAGCUAAGGACACUAGUUUGAGCACUUCGAUAGAAACAAGUGGAGUUGAUUCGAAGGAUCUCGAGGAUGGAAGUACUUCUGUACACAAAGCCAAAGCAGGAACUGCAGCUUUUCUUAUAGAGCUUGAGGAAAAAAGGUCCAUUAAGGUCUUGGGAAAGAGCACUCUCAUUGGAUUGGCUAUAACUUUCUUUGCUGGAGGUUGCUUCUCUCUAUUCUCUCCAGCAUUCAAUUUGGCAACAAAUGACCAGUGGCACACUCUGAAGAAAGGGGUUCACCAUUUGAGUGUUUACACUGCCUUCUUCUACUUUUCAGUAUCUGCCUUUGUUAUUGCCAUCAUUCUUAACAUCAGCUUCCUUUACAACCCUGUCUUAAACUUACCAAAGUCAUCACUAAGGGCUUAUUUGAGGGACUGGAAUGGAAGAGGUUGGGCUUUCUUGGCUGGUCUCCUUUGUGGCUUUGGGAAUGGCCUCCAAUUUAUGGGAGGUCAGGCUGCAGGAUAUGCAGCAGCAGAUGCUGUUCAGGCACUUCCACUAGUGAGUACCUUCUGGGGCAUUGUUUUGUUUGGGGAGUAUCGCAAAUCAUCAAAAAAAACAUAUGUGCUACUUGGGAGCAUGUUGCUUAUGUUCAUAGUGGCUGUUGCUGUACUAAUGGCAUCAUCAGGGCAUCGAAAAUGA